AUGCGGCGCUGUCGGGGCGCGGGGCUGGCGGCGCUGGCCGUGCUGCUGCUCGUGGCUGCGGUCAGAGCCCAGAUACAGCAAGAGCCAUUCCUGGAGAUUGUCGAGGGCAGCAGCAUCACCAUCAAGUGCUCACACCCCAAUAUCCGGACAGGCGAUUUCAUCCACUUCUACCGUCAGCUGCCAGGCCAAAGGCCUGAACUCGUGGCGGUCACUGCUAAAGCACCCAAGGAGGUGCGAGCCCCUGAAGGGCGCCUGUCGGUGUCGGCAGACCGGCGUUCGAGUGCGCUGUGGCUCGGUCGGCCCCGGCGCGGGGACGCGGCCGUGUAUUACUGCGCGCUGGGGGCCCGGGCAGAGGAGCCGGGGCUGCGGCCGGGCACGAACCGCCGCGGGCGGGGCCGGCCGGGGCCAGCAGGGGGCGCUGCCGCUCCGCCCGCCGGGGCCGCCUCGCCCCGCUCGGCCCGGGAUCCCGGGGCGCUGCCGCCACCGGCACCGGCACCGCCACCGACACCUGCACUGACACCAGCACCGGCACCGAGUCACCGACCAGCUUGGAGUCACCGACCUCCCUCAGCCCCUCUUCUCAGCACUGGUUUCAUGAGCCCCAGCUGCCUGAUCUCCCUAGCACGAAUCCCAUCCAAUCCCAAAGACUUGUGAGCAUCUACAUCCCUUAGCAAAUCUUUAAGUUCCUCCGUCUGGAUAACAGGAGUUCCGUGCUGCUUACCUUCCCUGUCUCCUAGAUCAGGAGCCCAGUUGUCCUGAUGAUCAUCAAUCCCACUCCUGAAGACUGAGGCAAAGAAGGUGUUAAGCACCUCAGCCGUACCCUCCUCUUAGGUGAAAAGGUGUCCAGUGAAGAACGGUGAUUGUCCUCGGUCCUCGUUAAUGUAUUUGUAAAAACACUCUUUAUUACCCCUUACAGAAUUGGCCAGAUCAAGUUCGAACUGAGCUUGGUCCUCUCUACUUUUCUUUCUGCAUGACCUAAUGACAUCCUCCAACUCUUCCUGAGCUGCCUGCCCUUUUUCCGAUAUUGAGACACCCUCUUUUUAUUCCCUGAGUUCCUGGGAAUGCUCCCUUCUCAACCAGGCAGGUCUUCUCCUCCACCUCCUCAUCUUUUGGCACGUAGGGCCAGGCUGCUCCUGUGCAUUCAAGAUUGCUUUCAUUAAGUAUAUCCAGUCUUCCGGAGCCCCUUUCUUUUAAGGGGCUGCUUCCCAAGGGACGGUCCAAAUCAGUUUCCUGAACAGGCCAAAGUCCACAGUACAGGUUUUGUUGAUUUCCCUUCCUCUAAAUACUAUUGAAAACCGUAACAUUUCAUAGUUGCUGUGCCCAAAAUGGCCCCAGCCACCACAUCUCCCACCAGCACUCCUCUGGUUGUAAACAGCAGGUCUUCUGGGGCCCCACCCUUGGUAGGCUCCCUUUUACUUCGACAGCUUGGAGAGCAUCUGCAGGGGGGGAAUGAUUGCAGAGAGACCAGGCCUGAAUGCAGCAGAGAGAUUUAAUGAGUCACAAAGACAGAGAGAAACUGACUGCAAGUGCACAACAGCACUGCUGCCAGCCCGGGCCCAUCUGACCGUCCGUCCUCCUUGGCAGUGGAGAGGUGUAAGAGGCUGUCUGAAGCCCCCACAUUUGCCUACUGAUUGCCACGAGGAGAAACCCCUUCCCCCCACUACAGUUCCGGCUUGGAGGGAGCAGCAGUGCAGGUGCAACUGCUGUACCUUAGGUUAGCUGUUCUGAACUAGGCCUUGGCAAGGAGUUGGCAAGGACCUGGCAUGGAGCCAGCAAGGAACGGCCUAUUGCAUAUUCACCCACUCUCCACCUUUUAAGCUGAAUGAACUUUUGGGGUGACUCUAGUGGUCUCUCACUGAAGACCCCUCAUCUGCCUCGUUACCACUGUGACUGACGGACGGAGAUCGAAAACCCUCCUCCUAAGGACUGAGACUGAGACCCCUACCACAGGGAGUGGGGAAGCCACUAAUGACAUGACCUGUUCUUCUUCAGUGAUUCCAAUGGACUUAUUCUUCAUUGUGUUCGUCCUGCCUUGGUGCUUUCAGUGGACUCACCUGUUCCCCCGCAGCAAUCACAAUAGACUCUCAUUGUCCUGCAUGUUCCCCCCUUUUCCCUCUGUGGACUAUAACUGGACACCUGAGUUGACCAGAACUUCGAAGACUCCCCCGACACGACAGACGGAUCCUCAUCUUCCAGACCACUGAGGAUCUCGCCUGUGUUGGUAGCUAUUCCAAUCCCCCUGCUCUCUCUCUCUCUAUCCUUUUAUUUCCUUUCUCUUCCCCCACUAUCGCAUUUUCUGUUUUGGCCCCUAAUAAAGGAUUU